CUGGCAUUAACGUCAUAUCACAGAUAUACCAGGUACCACGGGCCAUCCUCCAAAUAAACGAUGGAAAGAGGCAGCAUGUCCACCGGCUCACAGACCCCAUCCAUCCCUGUUGCGCACCAGCUCAGCUCUACUGUUCCCCAGUUUCGUGGUAAUAUGGACGGACCGUGCGCCGGGACCUCCAAAGUCUUACUGUCUUACAAAAACGCGUCGCAGAACCUUAGUUCAACGGGAAUUAAAGCGGGUUUGGGAAUACUUAAAGUGGCCUCGUCUCAGUGGAAACAGGAAAAAAAGACGUGCUCAGGGGCCGCCGUAAGGCAACUAUCCACUCCCAACAGCAGCCAUCUCUGCAAGAGAUCCCCACUGGAUCAGCUGGCAUCUCUGUUUCUCCACGGUCAAACCCGGCAGAUCCAGAUUGGCCAUACGCAAGCACCGACCAAACCGCAGAACUGUAAGCGCAUCGUGGUUCUUGGUGCGCCACGGGUUGGCAAGACCUCUAUCCUAAGAAGGUACCUCCGGGACGGAUUUGUGGAAGAGUACAAUCCCACCUCCGAGGAUUUCCUCAGCAAACUGUUUCGUAUCCGCGGAGAGACCUACCAAAUUGACGUCCUGGACGCGUCUAGGGAACGGGAUUUCCCAGCCAAGCGGAGGCUAUCUAUCCUCACUGGAGACAUUUUUCUUCUAGUAUUCAGUCUAGAUGACCGGAGCUCUUUCGAAGAGGUGUGCGCCCUGCGAAAGGAGAUUUUGGCCGCUAAAUCCAAGCUUUCCAAAUCCUCUGUGCCAGAGCCGUGCGCACAGCUGCAAGUCCCCUUAGUGGUCUGCGCCAACAAGGUUGAUCUCCUGGAGAAUGAGAGAGAAAUAUACACCGCAGAAGUGCUCCAAGCCCUCGGUGAUGACUGUGCCUAUUUUGAAACGUCUGCAAAGGAAAGCACGAAUCUAGAGAAAGUCUUCGAGACUUUGGCAAAGCGAGGGGGGCUUCCGACUGAAACUAGCCCGUCUCAGCACCGCAAAGUCUCCCUCUGUUCGUACCAGGCUAUGCGGACAGCCAGUGUCCCUGGGAGAGGCAGGCAGACGCAGAGGAGCGAUGAUGCCUGCGGCGCCCUGUACCCACUAGCCCGCCGACCGAGUUUUAGGACAGAUCUUCGACAAGUCAUUGGGCCAAGUAUGGCAAGAAAGCCCGGCAAAGCACUGGACAAAUGUCCGAUUCAGUAGGACAAUAAUAUGAGACGAAGUGUUACAGAGCGAAUAAAAAACGUAUUAAGCACUGAUUUCUAUAUUCUACAAUGCAUUACUGUUGUUUAGUACCACGCAC